ACUCCUUCUCGUUGUCGCUCAUGGCGGAUCUGUAAAGGAACAAGUAAAGAAUUUAAUAUCAAUCUCCUCGCGCUACAAAAGCAAGCGACCAGCUUAGCAUAACCUGAAGCAACCCUGCCUCUCAGUGCGCGCGCGAGAUAGCCUGUACCAAGCUGCUCGCUGAUUGGACAAUACAUGCUGCUUGAGACUACUUGAGCCAAUCAGCGUCUAGAGGGCGGGCUUAUCCGGAGCGCCUGGAAGGGAAGACAUAAUGGCGGCUUUUAUAAUUCACACCGCCAUCUACUGUUCAGGCGUGUAUUUACACACACUGUGCAUGGACUGUUAUAAAUUACAUCCACACGACAACGGCAACGAGAUUUUUUUUUUUUUUUAGCGGGUAAAAAAAAUAUCGCGUCCACAUGGGCAACCGAUCAGUAAAAUAUCAGGUACAUAUGGCAACACAACGCUUGCUGAAAACGAUGCAAUACACAUGCCACACCACUACGUGCGCUGUAAGACGGUCCCAUCGGAGACACCAGAACAAUAGAAGAAGUAGGACGCAUGCGCAUAAACCCCUUCUUCUACCCAGCGUGAAGCACUCACAGGAACAAACACAACAAGAAGAAGAACAAGAUGGCUGCGACUACGCGAGGAAAAACCGACUCUCUUGUCUGGACCGAUGACGAGGUGGAGUUACUCCUGCGAGUGACUCUGAAGUAUAAAACCUCUAAAUAUCAGGAGAAUGUGGACUGGGAGACAUGCCAAACCAAGUAUGGAGAUAUUGCGCUCGCCUUUUGGCAGCAGUAUACCCCCGGGGACAUGGCUGCAGGGAAGGACUUUCCUCACGACCCCAGCAACAUCUCAAAGGCCCAGAUUACUGCAAAACUGAAGGGGAUAAGAAAUAAAUACCGGCAUGCCAUCGACUCUGGGCGUCGGAGUGGCCACGGACGUGUGGUUCUAAUAUUCUUUGAACUGUGCGAAGAGAUCUGGGGUGGAUCGCCUGGAACCGACAGCAUCCCAUCGGGCAUCGAGAGUGCCGAUAUGGUGGAAGAUUCGGCCUCCUCCUCGACAUCUGAUUCUCCCUGGUCGCCUGUCGAACUAGAAGUUUCUCCGGCUUCCACCGCGUUUAAUCCGUCUGCUGCAGAGGUCAACCGGCGGAGAAAUUUGCUGCAGGCAAAACUCGAUAGCCACAGAGGUGACAGGCUAAAGAGAAAGGCCCCAGCGGAUGCAGCCGUGCAGGAGGAUCUCCAGAUAAAGAGGAGAAUGCUGCAGCUCAUGGAGGAGUCAGAGAAGCGUGCCAGUGAGAACCUGGAGCGGGUGAACAACAAUAUCGAACUCCUCACAAACACCAUUAAGAAUGGGUUCGAACUGCUUCAGACACUUGUGCUCCAGCAACAACCACAAGCCCCUGCUCCACAUCCAUAAAGGCCAUACAUGCCAGCACACCAUGCAGCACCACCUUACCUGCCACACACCGCAUCAUCCUGCAGAUGCAUACACACCAUCGCACAGCACAACAAGCUACACAGCACUCCACGUACACACACUGCUCCAGGUUUCUCUUAUGGUGAUGAUACACGGGGCAACUUUUUGGGCAAUUGCGUUUUGACUCUUUUCUAUUGAGAUUGGGCAAUAUUGUUUCUUUCUGAAUGGUUUUGAUAAUCUCUGGCAACUUUUUGAGAUAAGCCAAUCAGAACGCGAGUAUCGAGUCAUGUGACCUCCGGUGAGGUUCGGAUCAGAAAUUUCAAACAAAUGUGGCGGCCGCUCAGUGUCAGUGGAGUGAAGAGAUGGAGAGAUUCGUCAUCUGUUUUUACGCCGGUAAGUUGUUAUUUUAAUAUUCUAUAUGGAGGAAUUUGCCUCACCAAAGCUCUAAAAAACAACAGACAGCUUGAUUAAAUGGUCACAGCAAAAAUUAAGACAUUGAUUUUUUUCUUUAGCUAACUGUAAACUGCCGUUGCUAACUGUUGUUGCCCUGAAAAGUUGCCCUGUGUCUCACCUAGUUGCCCGUUGCCAGCAACAUUGCUCGGCAACAUUGCCCAAAAAGUUGCCCCGUGUAUCAUCACCUUUACAGAAGGGCACUGCUGCAAGAGGAAGACGUGGACACGUAAAGACUGUGCCUCAUUGUGCUGGUUUCUUUUUCCCAUGUGUGUACAGAAUUUGGAAAUCGCGCCUUGUGUGUGUACAAAUUAGUUUUAUUAGUGUGCAUAGUUUUAUACAACUUAAUUUUCUUAUUAUGUGAAGCAUUUUUAUAUAGCUUUUUAUAUUGUGUGAACAUUUUGAAA